AUGUUGUUCCUGUCUUCUCAGUGGUUGGUUGACCGGGAUUCCGUCCCAUCCUGCCCCUGUAAAUCCGGGGAUGGUGGGUUCAUGGGCGGAAAGAGGCCGCUGUCAAAGAGUGCCAAGAUUUGCGGGGGACGAGCAAGUUACGGGGAGAGGGUUGGGGUUGGCUUUGGAGCUGUGUGUUGGAUGUUCAACAAAGCAGUUGUGGUGAUGACUCUCAUGUCGGAAAAAGGUAGGAAAUACUCUAAGUUUACGCAUAGUAUCAAAAUGAAGCUUCGAAAUAGUAGCAGAAAAGACCAUCUACUGGUAGCAACUACUCUGGACCGUGUCACUCACUGUCCAGUGAAAACCCAGAGGUGGUCACGUGCUCACGUUCCAUUGUCGCGCAGCCUUUUGUCUGUGCUGCCUUUCAAACCGCGUCAGGCUCUCCAACUCACUUACAGCGUCCAAUUCCGGAUAUUCUCCCACGGGCAGGCAGAACGAGUGGCAACAUGCAAAAUCGCCGCGCAAAUGGAUGGCGAUGAGAUUGAGAUUUCCGAUGACGACCUUACAGCCUCUUCGGUUGAUGGAGACCAGCCCGCCGUCACAAACUCUCUUGGGAAGCGCAAGUCACCGGUCCCACCUGAGCUAGAGGAAAGGGUCGUUUGGACAGAUGAUCCCGAUGAUGGGACAGCGCUCAACCAGCCACGGGCAACUAAGCGUCGUGCCACUGCCGCAACCACUGGCGGCAGGGGAAGGGGAGGGCCAAGGGGGGCAGGACGAGGGGGAGGGGUCAGGUCUGAAAGGAAGAGGACCAUUAAAAUCGAAGAUCCGGGGACACAGCAGGAAUAUGAAGAGGCAGAGGUGCCCGCGUACUUACAGCAGCGAAGGAGGCGCUUCGACAGAGACAGGGAACAGCUUAAAGCCGGAGGACUCAAGAUACCACCAGAUUAUUCGGAACUGUAUUUUUCGGACGACGAACGCCAAUUCCAGCAUGCAGAAAGGCCACAAUUUGACGAAAGGAGCGGAAUCAAACCAUGUCGUCCUAAAAAGCAGAUUGAGUUGGAGUAUUCAGCCGGCAUCAUCCCAGCUUCGAUCGCCCAGUACCUGCGUGACUACCAAGUCGAAGGCGUACGGUUUCUUCACCAGAGAUUUAUCUACCAGAAAGGCUGCAUUCUAGGCGAUGACAUGGGUCUGGGAAAAACGGUACAAGUGGCCGCAUUUCUCACAGCCGCAUUUGGGAAAACUGGAGACGAGCGUGAUGCGAAGCGGAUGAGAAAAAUGCGAAGAGCAGGGGGCUGUUGGUACCCAAGAGUCUUGAUUGUUUGUCCUGGAUCACUGAUCCAGAACUGGAAGAACGAGUUGAACCGCUGGGGCUGGUGGCAUAUCGACCUAUUUCAUGGCGUUGGGAAAGAAGACGUACUAGGUGCGGCCAAAGCAGGGCGGCUUGAGGUUAUGAUCACGACCUACAUGACCUACAAGAACAAUUGCGACGCUGUCAAUGCUAUCGACUGGGAUUGCGUGGUUGCCGACGAGUGCCAUCAGUUGAAAGACAGGCGGUCUGAAACGACAAGGGCCAUGGGUCGCGUUAACGCGAUGUGCCGGAUAGGCCUUACAGGAACGGCCAUCCAAAACAAGUACGAGGAGCUGUGGACGCUGUUGAACUGGACAAACCCGGGCCGUUUUGGAACUUUGGCCGAGUGGACCACCACCAUCACCAAGCCUUUGACUGUCGGGCAAUCUCACGAGGCGACCCUCAAACAGCUUAGUCUCGCCAGGACAACAGCAAAGAAGCUGGUGCACAACCUGCUGCCCGACUACUUUCUCCGCCGGAUAAAGACACUUAUCGCUGACCAGCUUCCGAAAAAGUCGGAUAAGGUGGUAUUUUGUCCCUUGACAGAUAUUCAGAGCCACGCCUAUCAAAACUUUAUCGACGGUGAUCAGGUUCAGUACAUCAUAUGCGCAUCGGAACCUUGCCCGUGUGCAUCUGGACGAAAACAGGGGUGGUGUUGCUACAAGAUUCUCGAGGAUGGGAGGCCUUGGAAGAGUCUUACCUUUCCAUGCCUCACGACACUUCAGAAAAUUGCCAACCACCUUACACUCCUUCUACCAUCUUCAGCGGACCCAAACGACAAGCAAAGUACGGAGCUCAGCACUCUCCGCACCUGCAUCCCCGAUGGAUGGGAGAAACUUUGGCAGGAGCGAGAUUCGAUGCUCAGUCUUGCCAACCCAGAAUUCUGCGGCAAGUGGAAGGUUUUGAAGAAGCUCCUUCAGUUCUGGCACAGCAAUGGCGACAAGGUCCUCGUCUUUUCUCACAGCGUGAGGCUACUGCGGAUCCUCCGGCACCUAUUCAACAAUACAAAUUACAAUGUCAGCUUCUUAGACGGCUCACUAAGCUACGAGGAGCGCCAGAAUGUGGUGGAUGAGUUCAACACAGACCCUGCUCAGUUUGUCUUUCUUAUUUCGACUAAAGCUGGUGGCGUUGGCCUGAACAUCACCUCAGCCAACAAGGUUGUCAUCUUUGACCCGCACUGGAACCCUGCUUACGAUCUCCAGGCCCAAGACCGAGCUUACAGAAUUGGUCAGAUCCGCGAUGUGGACGUGUUCCGACUGAUAUCAGCUGGAACCAUCGAGGAGAUUGUCUACGCUCGCCAGAUCUACAAACAACAACAAGCCAACAUUGGAUACAACGCAUCCAACGAGAGGCGUUAUUUCAAAGGCGUCCAAAAGGACAGCACUCGAAAGGGCGAGAUAUUCGGGCUCGGCAACCUCCUUAGCUACCACCCCGACCAGGUCGUUCUCCGAGAGAUCGUCAACAAGACCAACGUUGCCGAGGCCAAGGCAGGUGUCCUGCUCAGCGAUAUUGACCUGGAGAAGUUGGCAAAGGACAAAGAUGACGAGAUCAACCUCGUCAAGCAGGAGGACGACAGCGACGAGACGGGCAUGAGUCAGUUGGCAAAGCUCAUCACGAUUGAAAACAAGGAGGACAUGCUCAAGAGCCGCAAGACGCAGAAACCACAGAGCGAUGCCGUCGCCGCCAUUUUGGCUUCUGCCGGGGUUGAAUACACGCACGAGAACUCGGAAGUGGUUGGCACCAGUCGCGUGGAGGAAAAGCUAUCACGAAGAGCAGAGCUUGCCGCCAACAAAGACAGCCAGGAAUUGGGAGGCGACCGCGCAUUAUUUGCAGAUAGCCAGGCCAACAGUGUUCCCGAUACCGACAGCGUGUGGAAAGUCCACUACAAGUUCAACCCGCCGGCAGCUGCAAUGAGACGGCAGUUUUGUUCGAUGGCAAAAGAGUUUGGGUUUGCGAAUGCGACUGGUUUUGCGCUGGUGGUCGAGAGCUGGACACAGGAGCAGAGACGAAACUGCCUGGAGACAUUCUAUCGGUCGAGGGAGGCGAAGCUUUUGGAGAAGGAGCUGGACGAGCUAAGGGUCAUUGAGGCACAGGAGCAGCCAUCGCCAUCGAUUGUUAGUAUAGAAGAUGACGCUGUCAUGGAGUAUGGUGCUCAGCUGGAGGGGGUCAUGAGAAAGGGAGAAGGCAACGGUCCCGUUGUACAUGAGGACGCUGGGAAUACCCUUCCUGCCCCGCCGAGGCCGACGAUAUUUCUUUCUGACAACGAUGAGGAUGAUGAGCUUUGA